AUGAAUGGCCCCUGCCCAGGCGAAGCGGCCGGGGUAGACCCGCGAGAAGCCCCAAAUGAGGAACUCAUAAAUGUGAGGAAAACUUUUCUGGAAGGAGAGGAAGAUGAGUACACGAAGAGCAGUCGUCGGUAUUUACAGGACGAGGAGAACUACUUCAAUAGAAUAAAAACGUACACCUUGUGGGUAAAAAAACCCGUGCAUCUAUGUUCCCUCCUUUUGGCUAGAAACGGGUUCAUAUGUGAAAAUGAAACUACGGUAAGGUGCGAAUUGUGUAGAUGCAAAUUUGUGUACCAAAAGGACACCUAUUCUAUGUACACAAAAAUAAACGACUUAUGUUUGCUCCAUUUGAAGAACUGCCCCUGGAAAGGGAAGCUAAUGGAUCUGCAGAUUCUCCGCCUCGAUGGGGACUCUUUACAAAGGGACAACCUAUUGAGGGAAUACCAAAAUGUGAGCACCUUCCUGCAAAGUGGUACAAACGAUGUGCCCUAUGUUGACAUAAAAAAAACGAUUGGAGACCUUCUCCUAAUUGUUAAGAAGCACCUGGCGAAUGAGGACUCGAAGAAGAAGUUUCUCCUCUUCAGUUCCUACGUAGAAUUAUUCAAAACCCACUACGUGGAAAUAUUUAAGAAUCACAAAAAGCUGGUCGACCGAGGAAUGCACCUUAUACAGUCCAAUUACAACCAUUUGAAAACCCCCCUUGUCGAUGAAGCCUUCCUGAACAGCCUCACAUAUGACCCCCUAGACGUACACACGUACAUUAACAUCGUUGCAGAUGAGAAUAGAAAGGCAGAGAGACUUACCCACCCCGAUGCAGACCUCCACAUGUAUUUUAAAAUUGUAAACCAGAUGAAGGACUUCCAAUAUGAAGACGUCAAUAUUUAUAAGCUCAUCGCGCUGUUGGGGUGGACCUAUAGGGAUUCUCCUCAGGGGGAGGACCCAAAUGGGGAUUCACACAUCCUCUACUGUAGGUACUGCUUUAGGGAGGUUAACUUGGGGGACUAUUCUACCCUUUCGAGGAGGCACAACCGGAUGGAUUUGUUCAAGGCCAUCGAUGUGGAGCCCCCAGGGGAGGUCGCCAACGAGUCGGUAGACGACGCGCGCCACGCGCUGGAGCGCCUCACGGGGUUGGCGCACGCCUGGGUUGAGGUGGAGCAAAAGGAGGCAAAUGAAAAAGAGACAGCAGAAAUGGAGGCAGCAGAAAUGGAGGCAGCAGAAAAAGAGGCACCUGAAAAAGAGGUGGAAGAAAAGGAGGCGGUUGAAAAAGAGGAAGCAGAAAUGGAGGCAGCUGAAAAAGAGACAGCAGAAAAGGAGCAGGAAGAAAACCCGGUGGAAGAAAAAAAUGGCGGAGAAAAAGAGAGAAAAGAACCCUCGGGGGAAGAAAAAAACGACGGAGAACAGGAGGGAGAAGAACCCCCGGUGGAAGAAGAGAACGACGGAAAAAAGGAGGAAGAAGAACCCCCAAGGGAAGAAAAUAACGGCGGGGAAAAGGAGGUAGAAAACCCGGUGGAUGAAACUAACGGCGGAGAAAAGGAGGGAGAACCCCCCGUGGAAGAAAUUAACGGCGGGGAAAAGAAAGGCAACGAAAAUGCAAGCGACGACGCGAAGGGCGACCCCAAUGAGGGAGGCGGCACAAAAGACGAUCCCGCCGAGGAGCAGGAGGGGUUCUCCUUCAAGUGGAGCAUCAAGCAGUUCUUUCUCCCAAAAAAGAGCACCGACAAGGGGGAUAAAAACCAAAGCGCUGAUGACGCCUCGCCAAGAGAAUGCCCCCCGACGAGCGUCAACCAGGGGGAGUUAACCCCAAAUAGGAAAAGGAACUCACCGUGUGCAAGGAAAAGACGAAAAAAAAAAGUGCAGUUGAAAGAUAUCCUCAGCCGCGUAUUCCUCGAGGUAAGUAGCUACACGGAAAACGAAAUUUUAUUUAGCAAAGCGGCGAACGAUUGUUACGUAUUGAGGGGGGGCCCCCACUUGGCCUAUUUGGAUAAGGAGCCCACGCCAGCGGAGGACGGUACGGACGGCGCCAACUGCACGGGUAAUACUGCAGAAUGCGCAGAAACAGCUGGCAACACGCAGAAGAGAACCAUUCGAGCGUUCAACUUGAUUGAGAACCACCGGGCCUUCUGCCCCUACAUGACGGAAGACCUGUAUUCGUUCUCCAAGAUAACGAGGCUCCUCUUCGAGCUUGUCACGUCGGAGUUUCAGCGGCGGUACGUCAUGAGGUAG